UAUGUAAUAUUAUGUUGGCGAUAAAGAAUUGUAGUGAAUUGUGAUCGUAAUAAUUUAUUGUUCUGCUUACAAUACGAAAGAAUUAAAAUAUUUCAAACAUGUCGUUCUUUAAAAACGUUACAGCUGGUUUCGCAAUUAAAAGUCGCGAUACUAUUCUCAAAGAGUCCAUUAUAAAUCAUUUAUCGGAAUGCGUAAAAGAUAUACAAUACAAUAGCCAGUUCGAAGAAAAUUUUCACAGCGUUCUAGGUUCAUGCGACUCCACGAAUACUUUGUGUAUGGCCCUCGAGGCCGUAUUUCUUCACGGAUUAAAGGAUACAUUUUUACGAAAAGCUAAGAAUGUGAUAACCGGGGAUCCAGACUAUCGCCCCCAGUCGAGUUUCUGGCCUCUAAUUCUCGUUUUAUCGCAUAGGCAAAACGUCGAUCAGAUAUCAUCUUUGCCUCAAAUCACUACAGAAAUCGGACAAUGUCGAGCAUGGAUUAGAAUAGCUUUAAACGAGUGUCUCCUUUCCUCCUAUAUGUCCACUCUACUGAAGAACAUACCUGCCAUAAAACCAUUCUAUAAUAGAGGUGCAUUCGUUUGUGAUAAUGAAAUAUUGGAAGUAGCACAGAGGCUCAUAGAGGGUCUGGAAUCAUGUGUACAGUUCAACUUACCAAUAAACUCCAGUUUACUGAACCAGUGGCCGGAACAAGUUCUGAUGCAAGCAGGUAUUUGGGUUCCUACAGUGAGAGUUGCUCCUAUCAGCGCUGGGCUGGAUAUUGCCAGCACUCUAUCCACUGAAGUCAAGCCAAAAGUAGCCACAACACCUACACACUCCACAAAAAUAACUGGCCUAGGGAAAAUGUUCGCUCUGAAUGAAGAUGAAGCCCUAAACUUUAUUUUAUCUAGUAGCCCAAAUACAAAUUCUAAUAAAAACUUUACCCCUGAGAAAAUUAUAGAAAGCAAAUCACAGGACAGUAAUAAAAACAAAAGAACUACUGUAAAUGAGCCUGCCUCUAAAAAGGAGAAAGUAGUAAAAGAAGAGGUGAAACAAGAAAAAGAUGAACCUGUCGCACAAUCAGCUAUUGAUGUGGCCGGGACCAGUCAUGAUGAUUCUGAUCCUAAGCUUCUCUACUCUUCAUCCGUAGACUCUGCUGAGUUUAUUGCGCCUUCUGAUAUAGUUGUCACUGGAAAUUCAUUAAUAGGCAAAGGUUGGUCAAACGAUGAUGAAAUGAAUACUUCUGUACAUUCUAAUUCCUCCCAUGGAAGCAGCAUGAUUAAAACCCCGGAGAUAAGAAGCCUGUCAUCACUCAUUGAUAACUCAAACCUGUGCGAAGAGACGAGUAAUGUACCAAACCUAAGGGAUAUUAUGAAAGACAUUCACAAGGAACUGAAGCUCACUUCUGAUGAAAACGAUGUGACUACUAGGGUUAUAGAGGAAGUAUCAACUCCAGAGGAUUCUGCACUGCAGGGUCUGGGUUUCGAAGUGAUACCGAGUGCUACAACCAACAACUUCACACCUGCCGAUUUGCAAGCCAUGAUUAAGCAACUGGGGACUUUGUCAAGGGAAAAAGGAUUGGACUAUCAGAACUAUCAAUGCAAAGGAUGCCAAGAUUUACUCGGAAGUACAGUCUCAAAGGCGAAGGUGUGCGUUUUCACUGGAGAAUAUUUUUGUUCCAACUGCAUGGAUGAAAAUGUUUUUAUCAUCCCUGCCCGAGUCAUCCACAACUGGGACUUUAAAAGGUAUCCUGUAUCUAAGAGAUCAGCUUCAUUUUUACUCGAGUUCCAACAUCAUCCUUGGAUUAAUAUGAAAAAACUUAAUCCAAAAAUAUACAGUGGUGUGUCAGACAUGACGCACCUGCAGGAAUUGCGAAUACAACUGAACUUCCUUAGAGCGUACAUAUUCACGUGUCGAGAGCCGGUCAUAGAGGAGUUACAGAAGAGGGUAUGGCCAAGGGAAUACUUGUACGACCAUGUCCACCUGUACACAAUAUCAGAUUUAGCACAAAUACCCAACAGUUCUUUGGUUUUGCAACUGGAGAAAGUCGUAAACUUCGCCAAAUCGCAUGUCCUCGACUGCUGGUUAUGUAGCCAAAAGGGAUUUAUAUGUGAAGUUUGCCGGGAUCCGAAAAUAUUGUACCCCUUUGAAACUAGCUCCACAUAUAGAUGCGACGAAUGCUCCAGUGUGUUCCACUCCAAAUGUCUUAAUGAAACCGUACCAUGUCCAAAGUGUAAGAGAAAGCAGGAACGCACAAAUGAUUCCUUUAUUGAUGCGCUACAACCUAAAGUUGUAAAAUAAUGAAAAUCGUAAUGAUUAAUGAUAUUAAUAUCAAAGUGUUAUAGAUAUUAGCUGUGGUGCAAAUUACUUUAGGCAGAAUGUGAUUGAAAGAGUAAAUAGUCUGAAAAAUGAGGGGAAGAUGGUGGUAUGUUUAGAUAAGAGUAAAAAAUAAUAUCAUCUUAUAAUAUUAACUUAAAGGUGGUUAUAUCCUUAUGAAUAUGAAAACAAAAAGGUUACAGCUUUUUAGUAUUUUCUAAGUAUUUAGUAUAAUGUGAGUUUAGGAAGAAUGAAGUUUCUUGAAGUCCAAUCUAGGAUAAAAUAUGAAAUAUCUGUGGAGCUAUUUUAUGAUAUUCUACGUAUUCUACAGACAAUUUGAAUGGUUCAAAUAAAUAAUUAAUAUUUUAUGGGCAAAAGACUAUCUAUCACAAAAUAUUUGAGCGAGUAUAGGCCGCGCAAAAUUUUAAUGUCGCGCUGGUAAAAAAUGGAAAAGAAAGGAAAAAUAGAAAAUGGUCGGACGAUAAUUUUUGUUAUCGGUUCACUUUUUUUUUUAAACUAUUUUUUAAAUUUCGUUUGGUUAUACACGCAUUCGUGGAUUGCGGCCUCUAAUUUCGCCGAACGAUCUUAAAAUGAUGCGGGGCCUAAUGCCUAUAUCUAACUUUCUGAACUUACUUUGUAAGUAGGUAUAUCAUACCAAAAUAUUAUUAUUAUUAAUAACUAAUAUAUGUAUGUAAUUACAAUUACUUUAGUGCGAAAAAAAUAUGAUAA